AUUGCUGUACGUUCAUUUUAUUUUGUCAUUUGCUGUACGAAGAUAAAUUGAAAAGUUUUGCGUGCGGCUGUUGUAUUUUGUUAUUCACAUUGUCAUAUCAAAUCAACGAUUGAAUCGCGUAUAAAAAGCAAAAACGCGUGUGGCAAACUAUAGACCAAUUAACGAAGCGUACUUAGAGCAUCAAAGCACAAGCAGGCACUCGCAUACCGCUUAUACAAUACAUAUUCACGGACUCAUUUAAUUAUUCGUAGAUUACACAGCCAGUGGUGACAAUGAUUCCAGCAAUUACUUCAAAUGACAAAUUUCACAAUGUCAUUAUUAGUACGGGAAAUAUUCUUAAUUUGAACAAUCAAUUAGGUGGAAAAUCGACCGAGGAGAUCCUUUACGGCUUACGAUUGACCUUGCAAUGCCAAGGUGCGGCUGCACAAGUGGAAUUAAUCGAAGCCGAUGGUCGUGUGCUGCGAGCGACAGAAGAAUUAAAUCAGAAGCUAACCGAAAACGAGCGCUCAGAAAUCAGUAUCGGUGCAAAAAUAUUUUUAAAUAAAAAUUCUAGUGAGUAUAUUGACCAAGCGAUAAGAACAUUGCUGCAGAUACUAAAGGUACAGCACGUGGACAACGUAGUGCUUGCGUAUCAUGCGAAAGUUGAAGACGAUGUUUCACAAAACCAUAGUAAUGAACUUAGCAAAACAGAUGCAAACCCAAAUGAAAAUGCAGAUCAGCUGAAAGCGCUCUGGUCAUCACUGGAACAAUUUGCCGAACAAAAACAAAUAACGCAAUUGGGUAUAGCUGAUUUGGAUAUUGAACAACUGCAACGACUGUAUGCUGCUGCCAAAGUUAAGCCGACCAUAGCGCAAAUAAAUUUAGAAUCAUGUUGUGUAGUACCACCGGCUCUGAAAGACUACUGCACUAAACAUGAUAUACAGCUGCUGACACAUAGCGAUCCCGAAGUAUUACUGCCCGAUGAACAGUUUAUCGUACCCGGCUACCAGGUUGAUUGGGCAUUGCGCUAUCAAGUACAUGUACGCUGUCGCGGUGUAAUCACCGCAAAAGGCUACAUUCUCGGCGCUAGCAAACAAAAUCAAACGGACAAAAUUGAAAGGGUUUAAUUGCAGUAAUUUAUGCAGAAUAGAAAUUGACGCAGGUGGAGGGCAAUAGUAUACGUUAUUUGUGUGUGUGAUGCUCAUAUGUAGGACGAAUGUUUCCGUGAUAGUGACUGCAUUGGUGGUGAAAAGGCUCAGCCAAACUUUUUAUAUUGGCUGCACCCGAUAAUAUUAUGGGGCAUCAAAAAUUUAGUAAAGGGAAUUGAUUGCCUUAUUGGGCUCAGCGUGCUAAGCUUUAUCAUCUUUAUCAUUAUUGCAAAUUAUCAUUAGCGACACAAGAAAACAUAGUACAUCUGAACUUAUGCGGAAGGAGUGACAUGCGAACCCUAACAAUGUACUUACAUAUAUAUUGUUAUAUACUAUUGUCUAAUUUAUAUUUAAAUAUUACCUUUUGUACUUUUAUUGCGGGUAUGCAAAAACCGACAAAAUUGUUGAUUUUAACAACAGUUAGCACAGAUAAUAUAUGAGAAGUAUUUAAUGUAAUUAAAGCUAUAUUGAGGCAAUACGUUCAAGCAGCCUGCGUUUAUAUAGGCCUGCAAAUCUAACUCAAAAUAUGAGAUGUUUAACAAAUGUAUAUAUAUGAACUGCAAAAAAUCGGCAACAAAAUCAAAAGAAAACAAAAACAACUAAAAAAAUAAAUUUUGCUAAUUUACAAAUUAUUAUGAAAGAACGCCCGAUUGACGAUUGAUUUUUAAACUACAACUUUGCUACAGUAAUAAUAAAACGAAAAUCAAGAAGUUUAGAUUUUAAAUGGCUGCCACGGAUGGGAACAUGCAUAGAUACUUCAAUAAGUGCCAGUCCGUUGUGAUUGAAUCGAUGAGUAAUGUGUAAUAAAAAAACAAUAUAGUUUCCUCAUUUAUCAUUUAAAACCAGUAAUAUAUGUGCAUGUGUAUUUAUAGUAAUAAGAAAGAUUCAGACACCUAUGAUUUUUUAUCGUUGAAAAUGCCACAAGUAGGAAAAUUGCAAUUUUAUUAAUAUUUUAUAUUUUGUUUUAAGUUUGAAUUGUAACCUAAAAAUAAAAACUAUCCAAUAUAAAUAAUAACAAAUAUGAGACAGCUGUAAGCUAUGCGCCUGCAUGCACUAUAUGUAUGUGUGUAGGUACGAUUUUACUGUAUUUAUAUUGUAUGUUUCUAACUUGUAAUGUAAUUACAUGAUUCGCUGCAAUUUCACAAUAAAA